AUGUCUUCGGAGCAAAGCAAGUCUUCGUCGUCAUCAUCAUCAUCAUCAUCAAACAAGCAUCAACGAGAAUAUUAUAAUGAAUUCAGAAAGAAGAAAAGAGAAAGCUUUUUUAAAAGACAUUCAAAAACGAAAUUGUUGAAAUGGGGUGUUUUGGGAUUUAUCGGAUAUUAUGGAUUUUUCUUAUGCCAAAAACCUUGGAUUUACUCUCCACAAGUACUCAACAAUGCCGAUGCGUUUCAAGAACAUUUGAAGAGAAAUGUGCAGAAUUUUAAUAAGAGAUUUUGUCCAACACCAUGGUUGAUUAAUACUCAUGCUCAGACUAUUUACGGAGGUGCAAUUCGGCAUGCUAUUGAUGAUCAAGAUGAAGCCUCUUUUAAAAAGAAAAAGAAAUCAAUAUGA